AUGGAAACUGAUGAAGUUAUCUAUAAUUUAAAGAAACUACUUGAAAUUUUAAAUCCAACAGAUAAUAGAGAAGUUUCUGAGCCAGUUUCCAAAAAACAGAAUCAAUAUGAAACUGAAAAACCAAAUCCGGAAAAUAGAGUCAAUAAAAAAGCAGAUACUAAACCGCAAAAUGAAAGCAAACCAAAAAGAAAGAAUCAAACUCAAACAAAACCAAAGCAAACUAAACCUAAACGCAAUCUUCAAAUAGAAAAGAGAAAUAGGGAAUUAAAAUCUAAAGAGAAUGAAUUGAUUUAUGCAGAAAAAGAUAUUUCAUUACAAAAAUCCUUCUCUUUAUGGGUAAAGAAGUUAAAGCAAAAUUUACUCAAGAAAUCUAAAAGGCCACAUCAUCAUAAUUCUCAGAGAGAUCAUCUUCAUUCACACAAAUCUCAUGGGUCACCUCAUUCUCAUCAUAAUUCUAAAUCUUCACAAAAACUUAAUUCAUCAAAAUCUCAAAAUCAUCAACACAGAACAACAGAACAAAAAUUUGAUGCAACUGUUGAAUUUUUGAUCAAUGCAUUCAAUCAUCCAAAGAAAAUUGUAGAAUUUGAUGAUGAUUACUCAGAAGAAGAACAAGCUCAGAAUUCGCAACUCCAAGAAUCAUCAGAAGUUUACAGUACUGACAGAUCACCAAAUCAAAAGACUGAUGUCAAAAGACCAUCACCAAAAUCUAAAUCAUCACAAAAUACUUCGAAAAAAUUGUCGAAUUCAAGUAAGAAGUCGAUGAGUCAGAACAGUGGUAAAUCAGAAAAGCGUCGUGGUGUCUUUGGAGAAUCAGAUUCUGAUGACAUUGCAGAUUUGUAUUCAAUUCCUGUCAAAAAGAACAAUGAGCAGCCAAAUCCCAAAGUAAAGAACUUUAUUCCAAAAGAAAUUGAAGAAGAUGAAAGCAAUGAGUUCUUCGUUGUUCAAUCAAAUCGCCAUUAUUAUCGAAUUCAAGAAGAGCUAAAUGACACCAUUUCUGCAUACUUUGAAGAAGAUGUUCCUGAUAGAAUUUGCAGACUUGAUGAUCAGAAGAAGUCAAAAGUCCAAAACAAGCCAAAAGAAGAUAAAAAGAAGACAAGCAAUAUUGAAAUAAUUGCAAAUGAAUAUGUUGAUCAGCUUUCACUUGGAUUUUCUUCAGAUUCAAUGCCCCCAAAGCAAGAAAUGAAAUCCCAACCAGUCCAGAAACAAGAAAAGCUUGUUAAACAAAAGAAUUUAACUCAGUCGAUUCCACCAAAGAAAGAGACAAAAGAAAUUAUUGAAGAAAUUCAAAAAGAGGAGGAAGAAAUCCAUGAAGAAGAAGAAUUUAUUGAAAUUGAAGACUUUAAUAAAGAGAACAUCAACAGUGAAGAAGAAGAGGAAGAUAAAGGCAAUGAAAUUAUUAAUAACGAAGAAGAAGAAUUGACUCCAAUUUUCAUUGAUGAUUCGGAUGAUGAUGCUAAACACAACGAAGAAGAAAAUGAGAAAGAAGAACAAAAAGAAAAUCAGGAAGAAGAAGAUCUUCAACAUAUGUUCGAUUUCGAUGAAUCUGAAAAUGAAGAAGAAGCCGAAGCUGAAAAUCCGCAAAAACAAACAGUUGAAAAAGUAAAUGAUUCUAAACCAGAAGAUAAUAAUAAGCAACAGAAUAUAAAACCAAAUGAUACUGAUAAUAAAGAAAUUGAUAACGAACCUGAAGAUGUCGAAAAAGAUGAUUCAACUGAAAAAGAGAUAUUCCAGGAUAAGCAACAGAAUGUCAAGCCUGAAAAUAACAACACACAAAUGACAAAAGCCAAAGAUGAUAAACAAGUAACUACAGAAGCUGCUGACAAGAAACCUCAAGAAUCUAAGCCAAUUCCCGAUGUUAAGGAACAAGCACCGAAUAAUACAGAAGUUUCUGAAGAAAACAAAUCUUCUUCUAAUGAAAAUCCUUCACAAAAUAAAUCACAAGACGAAAAUAAUGCCAAAGAAAUAGAGACUGAAAAUAAAGUGAUAGAUGAAGAUGAAGAAUUUGAAAUCAUUUCAGAUUCUGAACCUGAAAAAGUUGACAAGGAUGCGACAGUAGAUAAUCAGUUAAAUAAGGAUUCUUUUGAAGUUUCGGAUGAUGAUAAAGUAGAUAUAGUUAUAGAGACGGAUAGUAAAGAAGAAAAGAAAGAAGAUGAUGAAAUAAAAGAUGAUUUCGAAAGUGAUGGAGAAAUUCAUAUUUCUGACGAAGAAAAGAAAUCAGAAGAGAAAGAAGAUUCAAUUAAUGUUUCUUCAUUCUUAUCAGAUGAUUUCGAAGAUGUAGAAAAACAAGUUAAUAAUCAAGAGGAAAAGAAGCCUGAAGAUAAUAAGACAGAAACAAAGGAUGAUUCUAAAGGUGAAUCUUUUUCGGACUUCGAAGAUCCUACAUCAGAUAUUGUAAUUUCAGAUGACUUUACGGACUGA